AUGUCAUCAAAAGCAACAUCCGCUCGUCUCCAGAACGACUACGGCGCAGAUCUUUGGGUGAAGAACCAGACCCAGGCCCGUAAGGCAACUGCCGGAAGAGGUCUCUUUGCCGGUCUCCAAGACGUCAAGCACUACAAUGUUGAGGAGGGAUGGGCGAAACGCACAGCCGCCAAUGAACAGCCGGGCCUCAUAGGCCUCCUGUGGAAUAGGUUAGUAUAUCCUAUUCCUGAAUGGUAG